GUAAAACUUGAUAAAUCAGGCGAUAAGAGUAGAUCGACUAUCGAAUCGGUUCGUCAAUGUGUAUGGACUGGAUCCUUUUUCGAAUUUUAGUCGUUUGGCAUUAUGAUUUAAAAAAAUGUUUUUGUUUGAAUUUUUGUUUGUUUGAUCGUUGAUUGAUUGUAGGACCGAUGAUAUGAAGAGGUGGUUGUCGGUGGUGUGGCGACCGUUCUCGUAUUUAUGAUUUGACGGUGGAACCGGCCGUGGAACGCGAUGGACGGAACGUACUGCAGGACGGUGAUGAGGCACCCGUUGGACAGCGAGGGCUCGUCAUCGGCGGACAGCCCCGGCGCUGAUGAUGCGUCCAUCGGGACGGCCCAGGAAGAGGCGGCCGGGGGCUACCACUCGGAUCCGGAGGAGGACAAGUCACUCUACCAGGCCGUGCUGAGCCCGGACACGCAGGACUGCAGACUGCAGAAAGGCAACACGAGGAGGAGGAUCAUACCGUUCCCGGAGGAGGUCUUCUCGACGAUGAACCCCGUCUUGGACAACACGCUGAGCCAAGGGUUUGAUUCUGAUGAUGACCUUGAAAAUUCGAUCCUCGAACAAAUCAGCUCUGUCGAACCCAUAGCUGAGUACACAGCAGAGGAGGAACGAGAGGACAUCAGGUCGUGGAGGAGUGUCGACCUUGGCAACAACGAAUGCCGGAUAGACAUGAAAGUUAUUGAGCCAUAUAAAAGAGUAUUGUCGCAUGGUGGCUACCUCAAUUCAGGUUCUCGCAAUGCGAUUAUUGUCCUUUCAGCGUGUUUCCUUCCGAACAGAAGCCGAGUCGAUUACAAUUAUGUAAUGGAGAACCUGUCCCUUUAUAUUCUUGCGACACUCAACGAGCUCGUCACUGACGAUUAUCACCUCGUCUAUCUCCACGGCGGAGCUACAAAAGAUUGCAUCCCAACGUUCUCCUGGCUUAGAAAGUAUUAUCAAAUAAUAGACAAGCGUUUGAGAAAGCAGCUCAAGAAGCUUUACCUCGUCCACCCGACGCUUCUACUCCGUACGAUCGUAACCAUGUCGAAGUUUGUCGUGAGCUCUAAGUUCCUCAACAAGGUCCACUUCAUUCACUCACUGGCCGAGCUUUACGAAGUCCUGCCCCUCGAGGAGGCUUCGAUACCCGAUCGCGUUUGCCACUACGAUCGCAUCAAACAGAGCAUACAGAUAAGUCAGGCCGUAUGAAAUGUAA